AUGCUGCUUCAAUGCAUUCUGCCCACCGUGGCCAUGGCGGUCAUUUUGGGCUCGCUCGGGUCUGCCCACCGUGCGACAUCCACCGACAUGAUUUCCACCAUCACGGCACACACCGUUGACCGGCUACGUCGUCAGUGUGACUGCACCAAAGCCGACCUCUUCUCUCACAACAAACAAAUUGCCGCCUGUCGCAAAGCUAUCAUGAUUGACGUCAUUGAUUCCCUGAUCAACGCAUCAUUUGCCGACCGCAUUGAGCGACUUGAGCGUGCCUCCCUUGGCAUCACCCAUGUUGGAAGUAUUGGUUGCAAUUUAUCCUCCGUGCCCGAAGGAGUCACCCGCAUUGAUGGCAACAUCUUUUUCAUACGAUGCAGUUUGACAGAGUCAUUUGACGUGCAGAAGCUCAGCACUGUGGUCGAGAUCACUGAAAAUGUCUUCAUUAUUGACUCGCCUUUGGCAAACCUGAGUUUCAUGGGCAAUCUCUCCAUUUUGGGUGGCGAUUUGACAUUGCAGGGGAACGAAGUGCUGACCAGUCUCGCUGGGCUUGAUGGUUUAACAUCAAUUCCGAACGCCCUCGAGAUUACACACAAUGGGAACAUGACCAGCCUUGCUGGAUUGGAGAGCCUAACAUCGACCGGCACACUCAAGAUUAAAAAUAACUACGCUCUGACCAAUCUUACUGGUUUGAAGAGUUUGGUAUCGAUUGAUGGUACUUUCAGUAUUGAGGACAAUGCCGCCCUGUCAAAUCUGGCUGGGUUGAAUGCCUUGUCAUUGAUAAAUGGCCCUCUAACGAUUCAGAACAAUGAAGCACUGCUCAGUCUCAGCGCGUUGAAGAAUUUGACGCAAACGACUUUCAUCUAUGUCACGAACAACGAUAUGUUGACCAGCCUCAUUGGCUUGGACAGUCUGACGUCACUGGAGCUGUUCCACAUUGAGGAUAAUGACGUGCUGUCUAGCCUUGCCGGCUUGGAGAGCUUGACGUUUAUGGGUAGUCUUGACUUAUGGAACAAUGCUGCGCUUACCAGUCUCAGUGCUUUGAAGAACUUGGCAGCCUUGGAAUUCUGCCUUUAUGUGUCUGGUAGCGAUGCGUUGACCAGUCUCGCCGGUUUGCAAAGCAUUACGUCCAUCGGCACCUGCCUGACAUUGAACGUCAAUGACGCAUUGGUCAGCUUUGCUGGCUUGGAACGUCUGACCAAGAUUGGUGGCCGUCUCAAGAUUGAAGCAAACAACGCACUGACUAGCUUUUUCGGACUGCACAACCUGACGACCGCGCACGGGGAGUUGGUUGUCUGGAACAACAACGCAUUGAGCUGCCUGUGUGGCUUGGAUAACUUUAUUUUUAUUGCCGAAAGUAUUGAGAUCAAAGACAAUGCGUUGUUGACAAGUCUGUCUGGUCUGGACAAAAUAACAUCUGUUUCAUCAACGAUCUCCAUCCAAAACAAUAGCGCGCUGUCUAAUCUGCAUGGCUUGAACAGUUUAACAUCGGUUGCUGACCUCUCGAUCAAAGAUAACAGAGAACUGGCCACUCUAACUGGGUUGAGUAAUCUAACAGAGAUUAAAAGUUACCUCAGGUUUGAGAACAAUGACGCACUGCCCAGUCUAGUCGGUUUGGGCAAGGUGACAACCACUGGUUCAUUUGUCCGGAUCGAGAAUAAUCCCGCACUCACCAGCAUCGCGGCAUUGAGCAGCCUCACGACUGUCAACGGUCGCCUCGAAUUUGCAUACAACGGCGCCCUGACAAGCUUUGAUGGUCUACACAGUUUGACUUCAAUAAACGAUGAUUUGAGAAUCUACAACCACAACGCUCUGACCAAUAUUGGGUUGAGCAAUCUGUCAUCAGUGGGUAAUAACCUCAAAAUGAAAUACAACGAAGCCCUGCCCAGUCUCGCUUUGGAGAGCCUGGUGUCGAUCGGCGGCUCUUUCGAACUUACAAACCACGGUGGCCUAACCAACCUGGUUGGUUUGGGCAGCCUGAUGUGGAUCGGCAACCACGCCAAGAUUGCGGACAACGACGCCCUCACCAGCCUCGUCGGUUUGGAUAAUUUGACAGCCAUUCAAGGCUAUCUCAAGAUUUCGAGUAAUCCAAAGUUGACCAGCGUCGCCAACUUGGCCAAUCUCGCCACGGUCGGCGGCUACGUUCAAGUUUGUGGCAAUGUCAUGCUGGACUUGGAGGAUGCGAAAGCCGAUCUAGAUGCGCGCCAGCGCAGCAAGACAUUGAACAAGCGUGCCAAACAGGUGCUGCGAGCCCUCAACAAAGAUAUCACCUGCCUGUCUGUGGUCAAUUUACAAAGCGAAAAGAGGAAGUAG